AUGGGUUAUCAAUAUCAAGAUAACGAGGAGGAAGUGAUACUGAGGGUUAGGGAUUCACCCGAAAUAAAUAUAUCGUGUAUUUUGAGCAAGCCCGAAUCCAGCAAUUGCCCAGACACUCCAAGAGCUGCUAUUCUAGUACAUGGGUUUGGAUCACAUAAAAAUGCGGUGUUUUUGUCCAAGCUAGCCAGAAAGCUCUCCAAAGAACAAGGUGUGUAUACCAUGAGGAUUGAUUUUAUCAACUGUGGAGAUUCGACUAAAACAGGGGAAAACGGACGUACCUUACAGGAUGACAUUGAUUGCAUCAAUGUAGUGUACAAAUACCUCAGUACUGGGGGAGUACAUGGUAAGAGACUCUUUGUGGAUGCCCUUGUUGGCCAUUCGAGAGGCGUUGUUGAUAUAUUCAAUUGGCAACUACAGCAUCCGGAAAUAUACGUUCCCAACUUGGUUGCGUGUGCCGGUAGGUUUAUUGGUCGGGGGUUACUGGACUCUAUUCUAGCCAACAACCCCGACUACGAGGAAAAAGGUGGGAGGUUCAUCAGCGGGUUCCAAGAUGGCGCCUAUAGGCCGGUUUGGGUUCCCUACAAAGAAGACGAGAGUCUCUUUACGUUGGAAAUGGAUACGGUGAAACACGUCAACAAGGAUACUAGCACGUUGCUAGUCUAUGGAACCAGAGAGAAUGUCAUUCCCCUGGAGGAUGCGGCCAGGUACAACAACACGUUGGCGGGAAGGAACACCUUGAAGCUCAUUCCUGGAGCUGAUCACUGUUUCCUGGGGACGGAGAAGCUGUCACCUGAGCAGAGACGGUUGGGCAAACUCCCUGUACACAAGUCGGGAGUUGUGGACUACAAUUUCCAUGUAGCAGAUGAAAUCAGCGAGUGGUUGGAAGUGGCCAAUGUACACAAGAGGUUCUUGGAGAAGGCACGCAUGGUUCACCCCUACCUAAGCAGAUGGCACGAUGUUCCAGGACUCUCUAAUUUCAGAGAUAUCGGCGGUUAUGCAGUCAGUAACAGCAAUGCAUAUCUGCAAUACAGCAAAAUAUACAGAUGCGAUGACCUGACCGGUGUCUCUCUAGGGACUGUUGCCCAUCUCAAGAGACUGGAAAUCGCCAAAGUGUACGAUUGCAGUUCAUGCGGCACGAGGGACCCGGGAAGCCUCCUGCAAGAGAACAACAUAGACUAUGUCUGCCGGGCCAACAGGACACCCGACGAGAUGCAUGCUCUAAUAUACAAACAAAUCAGAGACCAUCCCAUGGACCCGCUGGUGAUCAUCAAUGACUCAGAAUUGAUACUCUCUCUAAUGGUUGUGGCGGGGGUAGAUCCGUUGCUCGUUGCACAAGAGGCGCUGCUUUACUCAUCCUCAUCCUUUCGUGGAGUAACUCUCGGUACUGUCUACACUUGCGUCCUGAACGCCAUAGCAAAUUUGAGUCUUGACAAUGUCUGUACCCGUGUAGGGUUCACUUGUAACGAUAUCAACACUCUCAGGGACAAUCUUGUAACCAAAUUCCCCAAAGAGGCAAUUUAG